AUGGCAGCUGAACAGGACCCUGAGACUGGCUCCACAUGUUCGGAACAUCUGUCAGAGGGACACAGAACAGACCGACUAGCAGAGUCCCCCAGCAGCCCACAAGCAGAAGGGGAUGACUCAGCCCCAGCUCCCAAAAAGGAUAUCAGGCACCUACUGCAAGAAACAAAGCAGAUGUUUGAUGCUGACAUAAACCUGGUGAGAACAGAAAUGCAGGCAGUGACAGCACGGGUACAGGCCUCUGAAGAGGACAUAUUAUAUCUCAGACAAGAGGUGAAGAGUAUGGGGGAUACCCUGCAAUACUUACAGUCUGCAAACACAGCAUUUCAAAACACACUAGACCUCAUGGAAGACCGCAGCAGGUGCAUGAAUACAGCUACAGUUCCUGAGGAGACUCACGACAGUACUCCUGCUGCACACUCAGGCUAA